AUGAUAAAAGCUCUCCCCUUACCUUACGAUAAAAAUGAAUUAGAGCCAACCCUAUCUAAAAAUACUUUUGAUUAUCACUAUGAUAAGCACUAUCUAGGAUACGCUAAUAAACUUAGCGCUCUGGUCGAUGGAACAAAAUAUUACAACAUGCUUCUUGCAGAUAUUAUUAUUGAAUCAUAUAAAAAUAACGAUACUCCUAUUUACAAUAAUGCAGCUCAGGUUUGGAAUCAUAUUUUUUAUUGGAAAUCUAUAGGUAAGACACAAAAAUGCCCUACUAAAUUGAUUGAGUUGCUAAAUAGGGAUUUUGGCAGUUAUGAUACCUUUAUCGAAAAAUUUAUACAAGCUGGUGUUACUUUAUUUGGUAGUGGUUGGAUAUGGCUGGUUCAAGAUAAAGAAUCUAAAAAAUUAUCGAUACUGCAAACUAAAGAUGCAGAUAAUCCAUUAAUUCUAGAUAAAACUCCAAUACUAACAAUAGAUGUAUGGGAACAUGCAUAUUAUAUUGACUAUAAAAAUGAUAGAUUAAAAUAUCUUGAUCAAAUUAUAAAAAAUAAUAUCAAAUGGCUUUUUGCUGUAAGUAAUCUUAAUUAA